AUGGCCAGUUCAAGCUUCCCUUCUAUCUUCAAUGCAACCUCGCAAGACAUUGAGAUGCUUCUCGCAGCUCAAUGUCACCUAGGUUCGAAAAAUUUACAAGUCCACAUGGACAGCUAUCUAUGGAAAACCCGACCAGAUGGAAUAAAUAUUAUUAAUAUUGGAAAAACCUGGGAAAAAGUUGUCCUCGCGGCUCGUAUUAUCGCGGCCAUUGACAACCCAGCCGAUAUCUGUGUCAUUUCUGCUCGUCCUUAUGGUCAACGCGCUGUACUCAAAUUCGCAGCUCAUACUGGUGCUGUUGCUAUCGCUGGACGGUUUACGCCCGGUAAUUUCACAAAUUACAUCACACGAUCGUUCAAAGAGCCACGCCUAAUCAUCGUGACUGAUCCUCGUACUGACGCUCAAGCUAUUAAGGAAGCAUCAUAUGUCAAUAUUCCAGUCAUAGCUCUGUGCGAUACCGAUUCCCCAACUGAAUUUGUCGAUGUUGCAAUCCCAACCAACAACAAAGGACGUCACUCUAUAGGACUAAUUUGGUGGAUGUUAGCUCGUGAAGUACUAAGAUUAAGGGGCUCAAUCGCCAACCGUGAAACUGAGUGGGAUGUCAUGGUCGAUUUAUACUUUUACCGUGACCCAGAAGCAGAAGAAAACAAAGAUGCUCUUGAAGACAAAAUACCUGGCGCAGAGGAAGCCGGAAUCGCCGCUGUUGACACUGGUUUUGCAGGAGGAAACGCAGAUUGGGAAGUAGCAACUGGCCCCGCAGCUGCUUUCGCCGGCGCUACAGCUACCACGGGAGCUGUCGCUGGAAUUUCAUGGGACGGAGCUGCCGACGGGACUGACUGGGCCGCUGGAAGCGCUGGUGAAUGGGGAGCAGCAGCUGAGCCCGGAAAAGUAAGUGAGCAGUGGUAA